UUCCUCUUGUCCCCUUUCUCCAUUCUUCUUCGACGAGAGCUUCUUUGUUUUCUUAAGGUUCAUCAUGGGUAAGGAAAAGUUCCACAUUAACAUCGUUGUCAUCGGCCAUGUCGACUCUGGAAAGUCGACCACCACCGGUCACUUGAUCUACAAGCUAGGAGGUAUUGACAAGCGUGUGAUCGAACGUUUCGAAAAGGAAGCUGCUGAGAUGAACAAACGUUCAUUCAAGUACGCUUGGGUGUUGGACAAGCUAAAGGCAGAGCGUGAACGUGGUAUCACCAUCGAUAUCGCACUGUGGAAAUUCGAAACCACCAAAUACUACUGCACUGUCAUCGACGCCCCUGGCCAUCGUGAUUUCAUCAAGAACAUGAUCACCGGAACCUCCCAAGCUGAUUGUGCUGUUCUCAUCAUCGACUCCACUACUGGUGGUUUCGAGGCUGGGAUUUCUAAGGAUGGACAGACUCGUGAGCACGCUUUGCUUGCCUUUACUCUUGGUGUCAAACAAAUGAUCUGUUGUUGCAACAAGAUGGAUGCUACUACACCCAAGUACUCAAAAUCUAGGUAUGAUGAGAUUGUGAAGGAAGUGUCUUCUUACCUCAAGAAAGUUGGAUACAAUCCAGAUAAAAUCCCAUUUGUCCCAAUUUCUGGUUUUGAGGGAGAUAACAUGAUUGAGAGGUCAACCAACCUGGAUUGGUACAAGGGUCCAACUCUUCUUGAAGCUCUUGACCAGAUCAAUGAACCGAAGAGACCAUCGGACAAGCCUCUCCGUCUUCCACUUCAAGAUGUCUACAAGAUUGGUGGGAUUGGAACCGUGCCAGUGGGUCGUGUUGAAACUGGGGUGAUCAAGCCUGGUAUGGUUGUCACUUUUGGCCCAAGUGGUUUGACUACUGAAGUUAAGUCCGUAGAGAUGCACCAUGAAGCUCUGCUCGAGGCUCUGCCAGGAGACAAUGUUGGGUUCAAUGUCAAGAAUGUUGCUGUUAAGGAUCUUAAGCGUGGGUAUGUUGCUUCAAACUCGAAAGACGAUCCGGCCAAGGGUGCAGCCAGCUUCACUUCACAGGUCAUCAUCAUGAACCAUCCUGGCCAAAUCGGGAAUGGGUAUGCACCUGUGCUUGAUUGCCACACUUCUCACAUUGCGGUUAAGUUCUCCGAGCUGUUAACCAAGAUCGAUCGAAGGUCUGGUAAGGAGAUGGAGAAAGAACCGAAGUUUUUGAAGAACGGUGAUGCCGGAAUGGUGAAGAUGCUUCCGACCAAGCCGAUGGUGGUGGAGACGUUUGCUGAGUAUCCUCCGUUGGGACGGUUUGCGGUUAGGGACAUGAGGCAGACGGUUGCUGUGGGUGUUAUUAAGAGUGUGGACAAGAAAGAUCCUACCGGAGCCAAAAUCACCAAAGCUGCUGUGAAGAAGAAAUGAAUGGUUGGUUUUAUGAGUUUGAAACUGAAAGUGAAGUGUUCUGUUUAUGUUGGUUUAUAUAGUCUCCGAUUAGGCUCGUUGUUGGGGAUGGUGGUUUUGUUAUUUUUCCGGCGGCAUAUCUGGGUGCUUGACCGGCGGUGGCACAAAACUGAUUGUUUUUCGUGCUUUCAAAUUUUGCAUGUGCUUCGUUUUUGUUGAUGA